AUGUCUCCAUCUCAAUCAAUCAUUGCUUUCCUUGUCUUGUCGGCCUGCGCUCUUGCGGUUCCGACUCCGCUUGCCAUCCUCAAGACUAAUGCGGUCGCUCAAGCUGGCGUAACCGCUGCAAUCUGCGAGGCGCUCGAUUGCGAAGCCCCCGGAGCUAAAGUCGUCCAGGACGCCUGUGUGGCUGCUGGCCUAUCAGUUGGCACCAAAGCUUCUGCCGUCGCUGUUUCUCCCCAAUCCCCGAGUCACAUUGCAGCCUCCGCCUUCGCUGGUGUCAUGAAUGGUGGCAACUCGGUCGCAGCUUCGCUCUACCAUGUAGUCUCUGGCGUUGAUGGCGCGGCCACCUCGGUGUUCAACACCCUUUCUGCCGGACUGAUAAUCCCCGCCCUAACCGAUGUUUCUAACAAGCUUAACGGUGUCGUUGCUACGGUUGGGGAGGUCAAACAUUGCACUGAAGUUCAAUUGGAAGCCGCCACCUACCAAGGCUUUGUUACUCUCGCUAUGGCUCUUCAAAGCGUCUUCUGGAGGAUCUCGCACCUCCCAACUCUUUAUGUCCGAGCCGAAUCUCGAGCAUCUCUGCACGCGUCGCUUCUGCAGCUUCGUGCCGCGUUGACCAUCUUCGUUGAUCACCUCUUCAACUUCAUCUCCGCUGACCUCGACAAGAUCAACCUCAGAGCCGCUUUGUUCUUGAGUCUCGACGGAGCCAUCCAAGCCUGUGCUUAA